CAUUUACUAAUGCAUAAACCAAUACUUGUGUGCCCUCUCCCGAGGCAAUUCUUGUUCGCUUCGUCUCCACACCAAAUGCACGCCCAUGCACGGGGGCACAUUUGCCGCGACCCUAGGCGCACAGCUCGUGCGUAUGCCUCUUGGUUGCUAAAUUCACAUUGAGGUCUGUCUAAGGGUUCGUGAAAAUUUCCCUUCCCUUCCUUCCAACCAGCCUGAGAACUCCUAUUCCUUCCUUUUCUCUUCCUCCCCUCUAUCCCCUCCCUUCUUCUUCCCGAGCCCUAAGACCGUCUAGCUGCAGGCUACCGAGCCUGCAGUGAUGGCGGUAGGGCCCAUCAACUCAUCAUUGGGCUGCCGUGAUUGCUAAGCUGGGGGAUCACUUGUAUACCGUUAGCAGGGUACCCCCCGGUUGAUAACCAUGGCAGUUCCCCAAAAAAAAAAAAAUGUGUGCAGUGGCUUAGAGGUCAGUGCUAUAGUGCUACUGAUGUUGCGGGUUGUGGAACUAGAAGCGCAACCAGCUAUUAUAUGGUGGUAUUGGAUCUGGACACCGGUACCUGGAACGUCUCUAAGCCUCCGAGAAAGGUUCCAAGAGUGACAGUCUUAUGCAGAUAUUGACAUGAAAGAAACGGAAACAAAUAUGAAUGGCACAAAUGAAACAAACUCUAACCAUGUACCACCAAAUGAAGUAGAAAAUAUUGAAAUACUGACGAAAUCUAUAGAAACUAUAGAGAUACCGGAACAAGAUGGCAACGACACCACCGAAGAUCCGCCAUUACGGCUACUGUUGCAACGCUUAAUACAGAAUGACACAGCACAGAACACAAUACUUACAAAUGUCCAACUAAUUGAAAUACUCAAAAAACAAUUUGACCAAGAUGUGUACAUGAUGCACAGCCUUGAAGUAGACAUGUAUAUGAACAUUAUGAAGAAAUUCCUCAAAGAAUGGCCACAAUGGGACGAAUUUGACGAAGUAAUAGGCAAUCUAAAGAAUAACAAUGAUCAAGAAGGCAUUAAGAAUGUUCUAGAAGAGAAAUAUAAAGAUUUAACACAGUAUUUGAAGUCUAUGAUUGAUUUGGCAAAACCCAUGAUUGAUGAAGCCGUUAAAGAUCUUAAAGAGGAGAAGCCAAUGACACUGCUGGACACAGACACUGUUGUCAUGGAAGUUGUGUGUACCAGAGAACAACUAAAUCAGCUUUUCUACAGGAGACCAAAAUCAGAUGUGUCCUCUGCAGUAUUUAACAUCGAAAACUGUUUACACAGUCGAAUACACCUUGACACAUGGAAUCUCACUUCCAUACUUCACAUGUGGAAUGUGAAGGUCGGCAUAAACUUAAACUUCCUCACAUAUAAACGCGAAAUGUUACAUACCUUAAAACACAUUUUGCUAAACAAAAAGCACACACUCACGCACCCUUUAGGCACACUGAAUAGAGAUUUCCAAGUGAAACCAACAAGACCUAAGGAUUUCUUAAGAAAUCAGCUUAUGGAAGCAUUCCAGACUCUACUGUCGAUGCACAUGGAUGGUGAUAAUUAUGAUUUGCUUAAUGAAGUCUUCACUGUCCUUAAAAGUGAUUUUGACGAGGCUCCUGAUGUACUAAAUGUGCCGGCCAGGUACAGGAGAUAUAUGAACAAAUAUCCAUAUUUAAGGCACUUGUAUACAGAACAUUCAGAUAGAGUGUCUGACAAAUUUUCUAAAUCAUAUGAUUUACAGCUCGAAGAAACUGUUAUGCCAAUGUUCCAAAUAUGCAUUAGUAAGUUUGAAAUAACAGAGAUAGAAUUACCAAGUUUUGAGGACUGGUUUCAAAUAGAGUGUGGGUACUGCAAGGUGAAAUUUCAUGGAGACGAUUUACUUGAAAGGCUAAAAACUCACUUCAAUGAAAAUCACCAGAAUGAACCAGAAUGGAUGUGCUCGCACUGCUUGGGGAAGUUUACUAUGAAGCAAUUGACUGAACUAAAAUGGUAUCAUAGCUGUUGAAAUGUUAUUAGUGAUAAGAAAUGCAAUAUCUGUAUAUAAAAUAUUUUUUUCUGAUGGAAAAUGUUUCGAUUUUAUUUUUUGAAAUUUAUGAUAAAAAAUUAUUGUAGGAUUUAUUUUAUUUUGCUGGAAU